CUUCACAUUUGAGGAUGAGCUCCGGCCGGCGAUCAGGACAUGGCAUGCCGCCGAUUGCACGUCGGCAACGUGAAGAGGACUUAAUUUUGUUCAAAGACAUGAUCAAGAGAGAGGAGCGGACUGUGAGUCUUCUUCAACCGAUAUCUGUUGAGUUUGAGCCCGGUGAAGGGAAUUAUCGAUUGUAUAAAAUUCCAUCAGGGAAGACAGAAGCUGAUUUUCUUGCUGCUGAUGGGAAGAAUGACUAUGAUUGGCUGAAGACACCACCAGGAACUCCAUUGUUUCCAUCACUGGACUUGGAAGCUGAAGAUCCCUUGUUGAACAUGGCUGUUCAUAAGGAACUCCCAAUCCUUCAACCCAUCAAGCCUUCAAGGUUAUCCAAACAUGUGCAUGCAGAUAGAAGCAAACCCUCACAGCGAACAAAAUCUCCGAGCACCAUCUACACCUCCGGCUAUUCAUCGGCAUCAAUCACUGGCUCUUCAUCGGUGUCAGUCACACCAAGAUUAAUAAAAGCUGAAGCUCGUUCGAUUCAUCGGACCACAAACAUUUCAAGCUCAGUCAAGAGUAAUGAUCAGAGAGGCAAUGAAACCAUCUACAAAUCUGAAAGCAAACAAAUGCCACCAAGAACAACAACAACAACCACAACCACUGCAAGGCAAAAUUUUGACGGAAAACUACCACCGAACCGCCGGCCGCAAAUCCAAUCAAAUAUGGCUCAAACACUUAUUGAAUUCACCGAUGAAACACCGAAGAAUUUAAUAACUGAAACACGGCCGAAUAACCGAAGAACAUCAUCAACAAUGAGAGGUCGUAGCAUGGCAAUGGCUGAUGAAAGACACCAAGAGAGUGGAAGGAAUAUUAGGAGGGUUUCAUACUCGCCAAUUAGCACAAUGAGGGGAAGGAAAACUAUGGAUUUAGGGGUGGAAUAUGAUGGUACCAAACUGAAAACUAUCCAUAAUGGUAAUGACAAUGGUAAUGGUAAUAAAAAUAGAAAUGAGGGAGUUGUGAUGGGGAGUAAGAUGGUGGAGAGGAUGAUGAAUGUGCAAAAGACGAUUAGAGAUCAUGAGAAGCCCAAGGCCGCCGCCACCGCCACCGCCACCGCCGUGGUGGGGAUAUCAGGGACAACAAGGUUUGAAGGAACAAGUUUUGGAAGUUCGAUAUUGAAGACUUCAAUUACACUUCAAGAGUCGGAUGAAAAGAAAAUUGAAAGCGAAGGUGUUGCUCGUCCAACAAAUCGGUUGAGAAGCGCCACACCAACAACAAAUACUGUUCUUAAGAGAGAAUCACAAAGAGAUGAAAAGAAAAAUGAAAAUGGAGUUGCAAAUGUUCCAAGGAUGAAAAUGAGGAGCUCCACACCAACAAGUGCAACUGUUUACACUAGAGAAUUCCCAAGAAUGAACACUACUCCAGACUAUGAAACAACUAGAAUCCUCAAAGGAAGACUCAAUGCUGAGUCUCAGAUCAUUGUGAAGAAGGGUAAUCCAAGGAAUAGGUGUGGCCUUUGCUAGUGUUUAAAAAUAAAAAAAUAAAAAAUAAUCAUUUUUAAGGUAUGUAAUCAGAACAAUUAUUUUGGUAGUUAAGCAUAAUAUAAUGGUUAUUGCUUUUCUGAAUUUUCUUUUGGGGUUG